AUGGUCUUUUUGCUCGGCGGUAGCACCCUCGACAUGGGUGGGGGGAUGAUCCGUUGCUUUCCAGAGUUGAUAGCAUCAUCAUCUUUUGAACUUUGGCUAAGCCACCUUCCGCCGUGCGUUCCUCCUCGAUGCCAACGCGAUGCUGAGACCGGCCAAGCAAGGGACGCAUGGUUGCCUAUAGGGCCACAGGUCCUCCAAAGUGCUCUUGGCGUUCAAGCACUCGAGUCGUUCCUGAAGAGCAAGGCGACCAGUAUGCCUGGACCAGACCUGGAAGUCGCCGCGCCAUGCCCAGCAUCAUGCGCCUGGAUUACUCUGAUCACUCGGGCAUCUUACCUUCCAGGCGUAGUAAUGCUGGUGCAUACACUGGACAAGCACAGCUCAAGGCAUCCCAUCAUCGUCCAGUACACUUCCAAACUGGAGGCCGACUGCGUCACUUGUCUGAAGAAUCUGAACACGCUGUAUCCUCUCAUGCACGUCCAGCUCGUCGAACCGGUCCCAUUAGCAGAAGGCCACAACCCCAUUGCCGCCCGUUUCGAUGACACUCUCACGAAGCUGCGAGCAUUCGAACCAUUGGACAGUCCCGCCCAAGGCCAGCCGGAACCGCCGCUGGAACGACAACCAGAUCAGAUCUGCUUCCUCGACAGCGACAUCAUGAUCUUCAGGAACAUGGACGAUAUCUUUAGAAUACCACGGCCAAGCAAGGACUGGAUUGCAGCUCAUCACGCAUGUAUAUGCAACAUCGACAACGACCCAUGGGCGCCUCCGGAAUGGAACCCAGACACUUGUCCAAAUACGCCCCUAGAACACCCAUCGGCGUUGAGCUCGCCGGUACCGUCAGAGUCUUCGAAAGGAGCCAAACCAACAGAUCAGUUAUUAAACUCCGGCGUAUUCGUCUGCACUCCUUCCAAAGAACUCUGGGACCGCAUCGACCACUUCCGCGUCACCGAUCCACGAGUCAAAGACUUCGCUUUCCCAGACCAGAACUUCCUAGACGAGUUCUUCAAAGACCGGUGGGUGCCGAUCGGCUGGCAGUACAACGCCUUCAAGACGUCUCGGUACUGGCAUACGAAGUCUUGGCGGGACGAGGAAGUGAGGGCGCUGCACUACAUCGUCGAUAAGCCCUGGGAAUCUAAGGUGAAGGAUGAUGGGAGCGCCGGCUAUCUUGGUCGAGAUGGGGUUACGCACUCGUGGUGGUGGCGAGAGGCUGACAAUUGGAAGCAGUGGGCGCUGAAGAAGGGAGAUGCCGCGCAGGAGGUGUUGGGGGUUAUGGAGAAGUAUAUGUUGAAGAAUGAUGGGCUGGGUGAGACAAGGUAUCAGAAAUAA